UCACCCCUCCUGCAUGAUUUGAAACGUCAUCGUGAAACUGUGCACAAUCCACACCCCCAUCAUCCCUCCCUCGUCCGGUUCCCCCAGCACGGAGCGCAGACUGCCUGACCGACGCCUAUUCGCGGCUGGAGGCUCGAUCCGCUCUGCGCCGUUCCCGGGCUGCUGGAAGUGUCAAGAGCUUUAAAGGCGAGAGGGGAGCCCGAUCGUGCGGUAAAGGAAAAAACGAAAAACGUAACAGACGCUCGACGAUUUUACCUGGUUUCAAGACACUUUAUUAUCUUAAAUAAAUAAUAAUGCGGAAGAGUCGGAGAGGUCGGGAUACAGUGUGACUGGGACGUGGAUCGGCCAGGUUCCUCCUGCGUGACGCCAUUGAUUACCCGCUACGCCGUUACUCUUUUUUUUAUAUACAUACAGCUGCUACAUUAACUGUUACCUGUUAGAUUUGCAGUCAACUUUUUCAGUAUCAGAAAAGAUUGGAACAUCCGUCUGAAUAUGUUGGCAUGGCUCAGCGACUGCUUCUGGCACGAGCGCCUCUGGUUUCCCGAGGGCCUGGGCUGGGCCGACCUCCAGGACCGGGACGGCCGUAUCUACGCCAAGGCCCAUGACCUCUGGGUCACCAUCCCGCUGGCACUCUGCUUCCUCAUUGUGCGGCAGAUUUUUGAGAGAGUGGUGGCCACACCACUCGCCUCGCUGCUGGGGGUCCGAGAGCGGCUUCGCCACAGGGCCACUCCCAACCCUGCGUUGGAGGCCUUCUUCUGCACGGUGACCAAGCACCCCGCUCAAGCUGCAGUGCAGAGCUUAAGCAAACAGGUGGGACUCUCCGUGCACCAGGUCCGCCGGUGGUUCCGUCGCCGCAGGAACCAGGACCGGCCCAGCAAGCUGAAGAAGUUCCGAGAGGCCAGUUGGAGAUUUACCUUUUACCUUCUUGCUUUCAUUGCUGGCCUGGUUGCGCUCAUAGAUAAACCCUGGUUUUAUGAUUUAAAUGAGAUGUGGAAAGGCUUUCCCACCCUGACGCUGCUGCCUUCGCAGUACUGGUACUACAUGAUAGAGCUGAGCUUCUACAUCUCUCUGCUGUUCAGCGUGGCUUCUGAUGUCAAGCGCAAGGACUUCAAGGAACAGAUUGUGCACCACGUCGCCACCAUCAUGCUGAUCGGCUUCUCCUGGUGUUUGAACUUCAUCCGGGCCGGGACCUUGAUCAUGCUGCUGCAUGAUGCCUCAGACUACCUCCUGGAGUCAGCCAAGAUGUUUAACUAUGCAGGCUGGAGGAAAACUUGCAACUAUAUCUUCAUCCUGUUUGCGGCUGUCUUCUUCAUCACUCGCCUCAUCAUAUUGCCUUUCCGGAUCAUGUACUGCACGUGGGUUUACCCAGUGACCAUCUACCCCCCAUUCUUUGGAUACUACUUCUUCAAUGGUCUGAUGCUGGUGCUGCAGUGUCUGCACAUCUUUUGGGCUGUCCUCAUCCUCAGGAUGGCCAUCAAGUUCCUGCCAGGAAACGAGAUUGUGGAAGAUGAGAGGAGCGAUAAGGAGGAGACCGAUGAAUCUGAGGAGGAAGAGGAGGAGGAGGAGCAAGGGAAACUGGAAAAUGGGCCUGUGAGCAACGGCCACCCUGCCCUCAAUAACAACCACUGCAAAACUGAGUGAUGUUCCCCAAAGGGGGCAGUAGCAGGGGGCCUACCCCCUCCCCCGGGCCCAGUAUGCAUACAGACGCUACACAUGAAACAUGUCCAAGUCUUGCUUAGAUACAAAUACCAAGUCUGCAGAGAGCUGUACCGUGGGCCUCAGCGGAUGCUGGACGUGUUACAGCGCCGUUGGCCCCUUGAAGGCUCCAGCUCUCCGUCUUCCUGCCCUGUAGACUGAGAGGUGGAGGGUAGAUGAGACCACCUGCACCACAUUCUUAUUUCCGGUGCCUUAGCACGUGGUGGGUCUCCCUUUCCUCUUUCUCCCUAGUCCUGUGGAACAGUAUAGUACCGUCUGAUGGCCCACAAGCACUGAGCUGCCCUGGAGAGAGAACUUGAUUACGUCAGAUACCUGUUUCAGACCCCUCAAUAGAGAUGUCCCUCUCAGUCAUUUUAUGCUGCCUUCCCAGCCACUUGGGAUUUUCUGUUUGGCCAGCUGGGAUUCCCAGACCUUUCCCAUGCUAUGCUGGGGGCAUGUCAGUGCUGGACCUCUUACAAACAGAUGGCUCCACACCAGUGUGCCUGCAUCCUGUAGUUUGGAUCGGAGCCUGGGGAGGUUUUUGUGGCCGGGUCUUGUUCCUUUCUGCUGCAACCAGAAUUAGCGCCUUCUGAGAUAUGCUGCUCUCUGCCAAAGCCGCGUGCCGACGGAAUCCUUUUGGGCCUUUUGGGGUUAGGUCAUCUUCAUCUGCGCAAAACGACGAAACCUGAGGUUGCAGUUUUGAAAUUCACUCCGAGACGGGCUGGAAAGGAAAGUGAUUUGUCCUGAUUUGGGACAAGAGUGGAUGUUUUCUGUGUGUGUGUGCACGUGUGUGUGCGUGCGCGCACAUGGGUGUGCAUGUGUCACGAUCUAUUUGAAAUCUCUUUCCGUUUCAGAAAGUGGAUGUAAAACCAGCCAAAUCCAUUCAGAAUGCCUACUUUUGUCCAGGGCAUCAGAUGAGGUGAAUCGAGGCAGCACACAGCACUGCCCUGCUCUGUCAUUCAGUAUUGCUCUAAUCUGUGAAUGGGACCGUGAAUGACCUGACUGUGUUGGACCAGUAUGUCUACAGAAAGCAAUCUGUGAUUCCCCUUUCAUAAUUAUGGCUUUCAGUUUUAUUUUCAGAAAGUGCCACAACCCUAUGUGUACUUUACUCUAUUGACCUUUUUUCCGUAAGAACUAACACAGAACACUAGGUCAUUUUCCACAGUAUGUAGAGUCUCUCUGUCUCCCCCGCUAGCCUUUCUCCACAGUCUUCCCUUUCUUUCUUUUAUGUUACCCUCUUGACCUUUCAUAGUGGCAGUAAUGAGUGAGAACAGUGAUGUCAUCUUGUUUUACUAUGUCUGGAAGUUUGUCUGAUUUUGGUGUGAGCGAGACAGUGAUGUUUACUGUCAUGGCUAUCCCUCAGCCAUGACAUUAGCCGACAGUGUGAUGGUGCAGACAGGACGGCACGUGAAAAUGUGUUGUUUUCAACAUCUGAAUGGAUCUGAACUUUUAUAAUUUACACAGGUAAGAUAUCUGAAAUUGCGGUGUGUGCUGGAUAUAAAAUCUUGUUUCUAACCUACAGUUAUAAAAGACCCUGGAAAAGAGAAUCAGCUCCAUUAAAUGAACGGAAAAACUACAA